AUGUCCCCGGGGAAGCCCGGGGCGGGCGGAGCGGGGACGAGGCGGACCGGCUGGCGGAGGAGGAGGCGGAGGCGGCGGCUGGAGGCGGCGACGCGGGCGCCGGGGCUGUGGCGCACGGCGGGGCCCGAUUCGCGCGUCCCGGGCACGUUCCAGGGCGCGCAGGGCAUGAAGCCGGCGGCGCGGGAGGCGCGGUCGCCUCCGCGUUGGCCGGGGCUGCGCUGGGCGCUGCCGCCGCUGCUGCUGCUGUUGCGCCUGGGCCAGAUCCUGUGCGCAGGUGACUCCCCUGGUUUGGUGUCUGACUUUCGAGUGACGAGUGUCAGCACGAGGGAGGUCAGCUUAGCGUGGAGCAGCAAUGACUCGGAGUCCUUCAGGCUGCGUGCCACACAGGAUGGAGGCGGCUGGUCCUGGGAGGGAACCACCACCAACCAGAGCAUCACCAUCGGCGACUUAUACCCCGGGACCAGUUACCUCUUUGAAAUAGUUUCCCAAGGACCAAAUGGGACUAACGUGACGCUCCAUGAAGUUUCCUGUACAACUAAACCCAGUCCUGUGUUUGACAUUGAAGUUGCUUCUAUCAGCCCUACCAGCGUGCUCCUCACCUGGAAGAGCAAUGACACUGCUGCUUCUGAGUACAUCUACAGAGUAAGCAAUGAGAUGGAGAGUGAGUGGGUGAUGACGGAAAAAAACCAGACGAGUUGCAACGUCACAGGCCUAAGCCCAGCGACUGCAUAUAUUUUCUCCAUCUCCCCAGGAGUAGGCAGUGGGACUUGGGGAGAACCCAGGUUCCAAAAUGUCACAACAGAGCCUGAACCAGUUUCUGGACUGCACGUUGUCUUCGUGGGUGUGACAGAGGCCACUCUACGCUGGAGCAGUCACAAUGGCACCGCCUCCUGCCGGAUGUUCUUGGAAAGCUACGGGAGCCAUGAUUUGCUGACCCCAGAUGCUGCGGUCAAUAUUUCAGACCUGAAGCCAGGGUUUCAAUACAGAGUCAUUUGGCAUUUUCUAGAGUCAAAUGAGACAGAGAGAGACCCCGUGGUUCCAGAAGGUGUCUGGGAUGCCAACAGCACAGAGUCGCCCCCGACCGAGAGCUCGCCCCUGCCACGCAGCCGCCCCAUGGCCUCUGUACAGCGCCUUGACCCUGCAGCCCCGUGGGAUGUGCAAGUGCUUCUUACGGGAUUAGACCCUGGUACUCGGUACAGGGCCUCCGUUUUUCCACAAGCGGCAGAUGGCACAGAAGGACAGCUGCAGGCCGUCACGUUCAGGACCAAUUCUGACCAGGUUUUUGACAUUGAAGUUGUAAACAUCAGUGCCACAAGGAUGACCCUGACCUGGAAAAUCAGCCACAAUGGGUCACACACUGCCUACGCCUAUGAGGUCCAAGUGGCUGGGGAGACCGAUUUCUUCAACCUCACCGUCAACGAUCCUCACGCCGUCGUCUCUGGACUCAGCCCGAGCACGUUCUACAACAUCACAGUGCGACCCUUCCUGGGUGACACCGAGGGCACACCAGGCUUUCUCCAAGUCUACACCCCCCCUGGUCCGGUUUUUGACUUUCGAGUGACGAGUGUCAGCACGAGGGAGGUCAGCUUAGCGUGGAGCAGCAAUGACUCGGAGUCCUUCAGGCUGCGUGCCACGCAGGAUGGAGGCGGCUGGUCCUGGGAGGGAACCACCACCAACCAGAGCAUCACCAUCGGCGACUUAUACCCCGGGACCAGUUACCUCUUUGAAAUAUUUCCCCAAGGACCAAAUGGGACUGAGGGGGCACCUCGGACAGUUUCCUGUACAACUGCGCACAGUGCUGUCACUGACAUCCAUGUGGUGGCCGUCAGCACCACUGAGAUACAGCUGGCGUGGCAGAACACAGACAACGCCUCUGAUUACGUCUACCGCCUGGUUGUACAGUCUGAGUACGGCUCUAACGAAACCAGCAGUCCUCACAAAGCCAUCACUCUCGGCGGGCUGCUCCCCGGCACCUUGUACAACAUCACCGUCUCUCCCGAAGUGGGCCAUGUGCAGGGGACCUCCGGUUCCGUCUCCCAGUACACACGGCCCAGCAACGUGUCCAACAUUGAAAUAAGCACCAGCACCACGGCGGCGGCCUUAGCUUGGUGGAACGCCGAUAAGUCCGCCUCUGCCUACUUCUACCGCCUUAUUAUCGAGAAGGUUGGGAACUCCAGCGACACAACCCAGAUAGUCACGGCCGUCGGAGUCACCAAUGCCACAGUCACCGAGUUAACCCCUGGCUCAUCUUACACGGUCCAGAUCUUUACCCAGGUGGGGGAUCUGCUCGAGCCAUCCGCACCCAGCUUGGCGUCGUUCUGUACAGAUCCUGCGCCUGUGGCCACCAUCCACUGUGAAGUGGUCCCCAAGGAGCCGGCCCUGGUUCUGCAGUGGGCCUGCCCCUCUGGUGCCAAUGCGGGCUUUGAGCUGGGGCUCAGCAGUGGAGCCUGGGACAGUGUGAUGCAGCUGAAUAGUUGCUCCCCUGAGAAUGGCACCGAGUACAGGAAGGAAGUCAUGUCUUUGAAUUUUUCUACCUCGUACAACAUCAGCGUCACCACCUUGUCCUGUGGAAAGAUGGCACCCCCCACCCAUAACACCUGCACCACUGGUAUCACAGAUCCCCCUCCUCCGGAUGGCUCUCCCAAUAUUACAUCCGUCAGUCACAAUUCGGUGAAGGUCAAGUUCAGUGGAUUUGAAGCCAGCCACGGACCCAUCAAGGCCUACGCUGUCAUUCUCACCACGGGGGAUGCUGGCCCGCCUUCUGCAGACGUGCUGAAAUACACAUACGAAGACUUCAGUAACGGGGCCUCGGAUACGUACGUGACCUACCUCAUACGGACCGAAGAACGGGGACGUUCUCAGGGCUUGUCCGAAGUCUUGAGAUACGAAAUUGACGUUGGGAAUGAAUCCACCACCCUGGGCUAUUACAACGGGAAGCUGCAACCCCUGGGCUCCUACAGGGCUUGCGUGGCCGGCUUCACCAAUAUCACCUUCAACUCUCAAAAGUAUGGACUCAUCGAUGGGGCUGAGAGCUACGUGUCCUUCAGCCGCUACUCAGAUGCCGUGUUCUUGCCCCAGGAUCCAGGUGUCAUCUGCGGAGCCGUCUUUGGGUGUAUCUUUGGAGCCCUGGUUAUUGUGGCUGUGGGAGGCUUCAUCUUUUGGAGAAAGAAAAGGAAAGAUGCAAAGAACAAUGAAGUGUCCUUUUCACAAAUUAAACCUAAAAAAUCCAAGUUAAUCAGAGUGGAGAAUUUCGAGGCCUACUUUAAGAAACAGCAAGCCGACUCCAACUGUGGCUUCGCAGAGGAAUACGAAGAUCUGAAGCUCGUUGGAAUCAGCCUACCCAAAUAUGCAGCUGAAUUGGCUGAGAAUAGAGGGAAGAAUCGCUAUAAUAAUGUUCUGCCCUAUGAUAUUUCUCGUGUCAAGCUUUCAGUCCAGACCCAUUCAACGGAUGACUACAUCAAUGCCAACUACAUGCCUGGCUACCAUUCCAAGAAAGAUUUUAUUGCCACACAAGGACCUCUCCCCAACACGCUGAAAGAUUUCUGGCGUAUGGUUUGGGAGAAAAACGUGCAUGCCAUUGUUAUGUUGACCAAAUGUGUUGAGCAGGGAAGGACAAAAUGUGAGGAGUACUGGCCCUCCAAGCAGGCUCAGGACUAUGGGGACAUAACCGUGGCCAUGACAACCGAAAUUGUUCUUCCAGAAUGGACUGUCAGAGAUUUCACAGUGAAAAAUAUCCAGACGAGCGAGAGCCACGCUCUGCGGCAGUUCCACUUCACCUCCUGGCCUGACCACGGCGUCCCGGACACCACCGACCUGCUCAUCAACUUUCGCUACCUUGUCCGCGACUACAUGAAGCAGAGCCCUCCCGAGUCGCCGAUUCUGGUGCAUUGCAGCGCUGGAGUUGGAAGGACGGGCACUUUCAUUGCUGUUGAUCGUCUCAUCUACCAGAUCGAGAACGAGAACACGGUGGACGUGUACGGCGUUGUGUACGACCUCCGGAUGCACAGGGCUUUAAUGGUGCAGACAGAGGACCAGUAUGUUUUCCUCAAUCAGUGUGUUCUGGAUAUUAUCAGAUCCCAGAAAGACUCCAGAGUAGAUCUCAUCUACCAGAACACAACUGCAAUGGCGAUCUACGAAAACCUGGCGCCGGUGUCCACGUUCGGAAAGACGAAUGGUUACAUUGCCUGAUUCCAAAGGAACGCCUUCCCGGAGCUCACCAGACUCUCACACCCACAGCCAAGGAACGCGCCCCAGUGUCGACUUGUUUUGUUUUUGUUUCUGUUUUUUUUUUUUUUUUUUUUAAUGUCUAAUUUCUUAGUUCUUUGUUCUGUUUUGUUGGAACUGACUUGGAGGAUGUGAAGCUGCAGGUGGAACACUUGAGAAAUGCCAGGUGGGGGCUGUGGAUGCGUGGUGAGCACAUCACUUGCAUUCCGAUUACCAAUGGGAUGAGUUCACUUUUUUUUUUUCCCCUAGAGAAUCGUGGAAAACCAGGAGAAGUGAGCCAUGCUUUUUCUUUUUUAUUUUCAAAAGAGAUUCUUCUUCUUCUUCUUUUUUUUAAAGACUAUUUUCUAUGACUCACAUGCUCAAGGCAGGAUUGUGUUGGGUUGAGUAUAUUUUCAGUAUCAGAGGUCUAUUUUUACCUACUGUAUCUUGGAACCUAGCUGGUGGAGAAGACGGAAUGGGGGGUGAGCAGCAUGUUGGCGGGUGGGCUCUGUGGCGCCUCUUCCCGCGUGGGUUUUCUCUCUGAACAUGUGCCUUUUCUGAAUUAUGCUUCCACAGGCAAAACUCAGUAGAUAUCUAUAUUUUUGUAUUGAAUCUCGUAAUUGGAAUAUACGGAAUAUUUAAGCAUAGUUUAGCAUCAGAAUUCCGCCUUCUCGGUGACAUUCCUGUCCUCGUUGGAUUAGAGGGGGGCUCUUUGCCCCUUGCCGUCCUCCUGCCCCCACCCCACUCCCCAUACAUUUGUGCUCUGAUUUUUCUUCCUUUUUCCCUCCCAGUUUUCUCCAAAGACUUCUGUUGGCAACGUUUUCAGCCCAUUGGUUGGGUGAGAAUGGAAACUAAAUAACGCUUUCGGAAUUUCUGUGAGCAGGGGUGGGAGAACGAGGAAUCCGACGGUGACAUAAAUCCUGUCCUGUCCGUGUUUUAUUCUUUCUGUCGUUUCUGUCUUUGGUUAAGAAGGAUUAUUUAAAGGUGCAAUAUGUGACUUAGUGAUUUAUGAUGCUGUAGGUUUUUAGUGAUGUUUUACUCAGGUUGGCAUUUUAUGUGUGUACGUGUGUGUGUGUGUUUGUGUGUGUGUGUUUUUAAAAGUAUGGCAAUCUGUGAACACUUCCGUGUGAACCGAGUGUCAGAUUAACCCUUGACCCCUGAAGUCCACUGGCUGUAGUCUCUUAUCUGCAGUGGCACAUACCGUAUCUACUGUAUAUAUAAAUACUCAGCUCUUAAAACUGUCAUUCCUGCAAAUUGAGGUGUACAAAGUUUGAUUUGUAUCAAAGAUGUAAUUAUUAUUUUUAAAACCUCUUUUCACUAUACUGCUGCUGUAAUUACUUUGAUUUUUUUAAAAAAAUGUAGAUUUUUUUUUUUUUUGCUUCAGGUGUAUAUCCACCAAGAGUUUCAGAAUUUAUGUGGAUUUAUUUUAUGGGUACAUAAUCUGUAAACUUCUCAAGGCAUUAACAUGAAAGGAUUUGUUUCUUUGUAUCUUGUGUUGUGGCUCAGGUUAUAUUUUGAAGACGUUUUGAUUUAUCCUCCAAUAGGCAAUGAAGUUCAUUCACAAGGUGUGAUGAAGGAAUAGCCAAGUCCCUGGAGUCCGGUGGCCCCCCUGGUCAGCGGUGCCCUGUGGGAGCCACGCUCCUCCAGUCCCUGGCGCUUCGGUCGCUGGGUGGACACAGCGAGGUUAGCAAGGCGAAACCGCACGUACUUAAGUGCUUGGUGUGUGUGGUUCAGAGGUUUCCCACUCUGUCUUCUGUCCCCUUUCCCUCCGAGGUACUGAGAGGAGGAGGAGGAGAGGCCGCGUUUUGGGGGAGAAUCUUCCUCCUCAAAUGGCAGUUGCACUUUCUUUUGCCUUCUUUGGGGUAGCAGCUCAUUCAGCAUCAGGCCCAUCAGGGAGCCGGCUGUCCUGGCUGGGUCAGGCGCUCUGGACUCAGCAUCAGAGCGGCCUUGGCUCCCUGCAGGUGCGGGUCAGGGAGCCGAGGUGUCCUCAGGUGGUGCGUGAAGCAGUUGUUGUGUCCCUCACGCUGGUCUGCCCCCUGGGGGUCUCUGACUGUGUCCCGAGGUCCCUGUCCAGGCGGCUGCUCUGUGGACUACUCCCUGUCCCCCGCCCAUCUGUCUGCUGUGACAGUGUGCUUGGCUGUCUGAGCCCGUGUAGACCCUCAGCUCUGCCCUGCACGCCUGGCUGCCCCGGGAAAGUCACAAGAGAGAACUCGUCCCUUCACAGCAUCCGGUAAAGGCUGAGAAACCGUCGGAGGACAGAGCGACGCAAUUGGAAACACACUGAACCUUGUGCAACACAGAGGCCCUCCUGCGCCCCGCCUGGUGCGGGCGUGGGAAAUGGGCUGACACCCCGACCUCAUUCCCAACCCCCACCCCUACCCCGCCCCGGGAGGCUGGGGGGGGAGGGGUGUGGGAUUUCCAAGCAGGCAGGUCCCACGAAGGUCCCGGUGCAUCUCAGAACGGGAUGGGGAGGAGCCUUUACUGCCCAGUGAUGGAGAAGGGACGGUUAGUGUGGGAUUAGGACACGCAGGCUGGGGGUUUGCUCCUGAGCUGCUGCCGGAGGCCACACAGGGAGAGGGAGCUGGGAUCGUGAGAGGCCAGCGGCACAGAGCAGCAGCCAGUGUGAGGCUCUCAGGCCAGCUGGCCUUGGGGGCUGGAGGCCACUCAGAGCUGCCCUCGGGUGCCUCCAGAGCUGACUCUAUUUGGGGUCCACUGGGGCCGUGUGAUGACCUCUAGCCAGGCUCUGGCCUCCCCGAUUCUACUGGAUUGACGCUGUGCGAUGUCAGAAGCUGGGGGACAGGGCACGGCCAACUCUGCAGUCGAUUCCUCUUUGUUUUUUAUCCGGGAUGCAAAGGCCUGGUGUUCUUUGGAAAUGCUUGAUUGCGCUUGUGGAGCUAAGCAAGCCUUGGUGACUGAUGCUGGUUUGCCUCGAAAGUCCAAGUUGUGUUUUCAGACUACUGUGUAGCAGCUGUGUGUCGGACACACUGGAGCUCUUUCCUCCCUUGGGGGCGCAUACGCAUAGGAUGUGAAGACGUGGACUCUAAACUGUAAUUUUCUUGUAACUAUUUUGGAAUGAUGCCUAUUUCUAAUGUUUGUUAUACUUGUACAGGAUAUCGCUCUUGGUUGCAUUUUUUUUUUAAGGAAAAAAAAUGGCCUGAAAAAAAAUUUUUUUAAAAAGACUUACA